CAGCAUGGAGGCAACUCUGGGCUCCAUCGAGAACCCGAUCAAGUUUGAGAAGCAGGACUUCAAGACUCUCCUGGAAGAGUGUCUGAAGUCCGGCGAACAGUUUUUUGAUCCAACUUUUCCAGCUGAGCAGAAGUCCAUCGGUAUGCCAGAGGACCCGGAUCCCAAAAAGGCGAUCAAGUGGCUUCGACCCAAGGAAAUCAGUAAGAAUGCUGUGUUUGUGGAGGGCAUGACAGGCACCACUGAUAUCUGCCAGGGCCAGCUGGGUAACUGCUGGCUUCUGGCGGCCCUGUCCUGUCUGACCAUGCACCCUAAACUCUUUGUCAAUGUGGUGCCGCCCAACCAAAGCCUGUCCAAGCCGUAUGCAGGGAUCUUCUAUUUUAAGUUCUGGCAGUAUGGUGAGUGGGUGGAGGUGGUUGUGGAUGACAGGCUGCCAGUACGAGAAGGCCGUCUGCUCUUCAGCUACUCUCACACCCGUAACGAGUACUGGAGCGCCCUGGUGGAGAAGGCCUACGCCAAGUUAAUUGGAUCCUAUGGAAGCCUGAAGGGGGGUAAUAUUUCAGAGGGGAUGGAGGAUUUCACAGGAGGCAUCGCAUACACAGUGCCUGUUUCUUCUCAUACCCCUCGAGUCCUCUGGAGGUCUUUGACAGCUGCUCUGUCUCGAGGCAGCCUGCUCUGCUGCUUCAUCCAGGCCAGCAGCUACCGUGAUAUUGGUAAAGUAACAGGAAACGGGCUAAUAAAGGGUCAUGCUUACGCCAUCACAGACACCGACAAGGUGAAGAAAGCCACACAUGACAUUUUGUUGCUGAAGCUGAGGAAUCCCUGGGGCUUUGUCGAAUAUCGUGGACCCUGGAGUGACAAGAGUAAAGAGUGGGAUGAUGUUGACAAAGACGAGGAGAAACGGAUUGGGCUGAUAAAAAAAGAAGAUGGAGAGUUCUGGAUCAGUGCUGACGACUUCCACAGUCUGUACGACAUCGUGGAGCUCUGCAGCAUGAAUCCCGACACCCUUGUGGAUGCAAACACACCUGCCUCUCCAUCCACUCCUGCAUCUCCAUCUACCUGGACAAUCAGUGAACAUGAAGGAGUCUGGGUGGAAGGAAACUCAGCCGGUGGCAGCCGCAAAUUCAGAAAAUCAUUUUGGAAGAACCCGCAGUUUGAGUUAGUUCUCAAAGAGCAGGACCAGGCAGAUGAGGAAGAUACAGAUGAUGAGGAUGAUGAAGAUGAUGAAGAUGAUGAAGAUGAUAGGGAGAUCACCCCUGAGGAGAAGAAGAGAGAAGAGAAGCAGAAGAAGAAAGCCAAACAGUGCACAGUGCUGGUGGAGCUGCUGCAGAAAGACCGCAGGCAGAAGAACAAAGUCAACUUCCUCUACAUUGCUUUCCACAUCUACAGGGUUCCUCCUGAGCUCAAGGGUCUGUGUCUGGACCAAAGCUUCUUCAUGAAGAACCGUCCUGUGGGUCGCUCUGGGAAAUAUAAGGGUCAGAGGGGUGUGUGGAGAAAGGUGCGUCUCGACCCGGGUAACUAUGUCGUUGUGGCGUCCACCUACCGACCCAACCAGCCCGGAGAUUUCUUUGUUCGCAUCUUCUCCAAGACUGGCAACACAUUGGGGACUCAGGAUUUCACUUGCACCUCUGGCUUCCUCUCGGUAAUGGCAACUCCCGUGUCCUCGGAGGAUCAAGUUAGAGUCCAGGAGACCUUUGAUGAGGUGGCUGGCCCAGACUGCAAAGUGAACGCCAAGGAGCUCAUGAAGCUGUUCAACUCAGCUCUUGACAAAGAUUACCAUCUGCCACUGGAGACAUGCAGACAGCUCAUCUUUGGAGAGGAUACUAAUGGCCGUUCAAGACUCAUUCGCAAACAAACAGAAACCCUGCUGGCCAAUUUGCACAAUCUGCAGUCCAUCUUUUCGAAGUUUGAUACAGACUCUACUGGGACAAUGAGCCCCUUUGAACUCAGCACAGUGCUGCAGGCUGUUGGAAUGCAGUGUGAUGCAAAGGUGGUUCAACUGUUGUCUGAGCGGUUUGUAUCUGGAGAGCCUACAAUGCCCUUCCAUGGCUUUGUGACCUGUGUCGCCAAGCUGCGCAAGCUUUUUGCUCUGUAUGAAUCAGAGACCAGUCAAGAGGUGAAAAACAGAGGGAUCAAUGCUUGGCUGCUUCAAUUUCUGAUCUUGUGA